ACCUGUCCUCCCGUCCCAGGACUCACUGAACGCUUUACCGACGAUUUUACGACUCUCUCCAAGGUUCCAAACAACUGGAUCAUCGCUGACUACGCAGAACAAUAUUUGAGCUUCAGCAACAGCAAGGGUCUUGAAUUCCGACUCCCAGAUGGCCUGUCAGCCCCAUACAUCUGGACGAAGAAUUACUUGCACUAUGGAAAGGUGGAGGUCACACUCCAGAGUGCUCCCGGUAUCGGUGUGAUCAGCAGUGCUGUGCUGAUGUCCGAUACUCUGGACGAGAUCGACUGGGAAUGGUCCGGAAAUGAUUUCGCUCUGAAGGUGCCUACCAUCCAAACCAACUAUUUCGGUCAGGGCGUGACCGGAAACUGGGACCGAGGCACUCAACCUCGAGUAGAGAAGAACAUGACACAAAACUUCAUGACCUACACAUUCGACUGGAAGCCAGAUUCGCUAUCGUGGGCCAUCAAUGGCAACGUGAUUCGCACUCUGUAUGCCAAGAACCAAGAUAACAACCAAUAUCGGUACCCUCAAAGUCCUUCGCGUUUUCAUCUCGGCUUGUGGGACGCAGGAUACAAAGAUGUGGCGUGGUAUACCAAGCAAUGGGCAGGCGGUGAAACGGAUCUAAAGGGCUUCCCGUACAGCUUGUAUGUGAAAAAGGUCACCAUCACACCAUAUACUUCCUGCGCCGAGUAUCAGGCGACGGAUACUACUGGAAACACGGCAAGCUUUAAGUGCUUGAAUACUACCGAUAGCGCUGGCUCCACCAAAAGUGCGGCAGGCUCUUCGAGUGCUUCUAGCCUCACUUCC